AGGCGGGGCUUUGCCACGUUGCCGGGUGGGCGCUGCGGUCGCGCCCCGUGGCGGGAUGGCAGCCCCGCGGUGAGGCGCGGCGAUGGCGGCGGCGCUGCGGGCAACCCUGCUGGUCGCGGUACUGGGCUGCGCGGCCGCGGCCCUGAUCCCUGCGGCUGAUGUGAAGGUGGAGGUGCUGCACAAGCCCUUCAUCUGCCACAGGAGGAGCAAGUGGGGCGACAUGAUGCUGGUUCACUACGAGGGGUACUUGGAGAGGGACGGGUCCUUGUUCCACUCCACUCACAAGCAUAAUAAUGGCCAGCCUAUGUGGUUUACCCUUGGCAUAAGGGAAGCUAUCAAAGGCUGGGACAAAGGUUUGAAGGACAUGUGUGUGGGAGAGAAGCGGAAGCUAACUAUUCCACCAGCCCUCGCUUAUGGAAAAGAAGGGAAAGGAAAAAUUCCACCUGAGAGCACACUGAUUUUCAACAUUGACCUUCUUGAAAUUAGGAAUGGACCCCGGUCUCAUGAGUCGUUCCAAGAGAUGGAUCUUAAUGAUGACUGGAAGCUAUCGAAGCAAGAGGUGAAAAUUUACUUGAAGAAAGAAUUUGAAAAGCAUGGAGCAGUGGUAAACGACACCCAGCAUGAUGCUUUGGUUGAAGACAUAUUUGAUAAAGAAGAUGAAGACAGUGAUGGGUUUAUAUCUGCAAGGGAAUUUACAUACAAGCAUGAUGAGCUGUAGAAAAGAGUGGCAUAAUUUUUUUGACACAAAUGGCAGUGACUCAGACUGUCUGGUUCUCUUGUCUUAAUUCUGUGUUUUGGAGUUGACAGCUGCUGUUGGCAAAGAAACACUCUUUAUAUAAAAGAGAAUUUCUGUUCAUUAUGUACAAAUGUUUUAAACUAUUUUCAGGUAUGAAAAUGUACCUCCUUUUAUGCAGCAGACUUGCACAUCAGUGUUUUUUAAAUUUUGUAUUAACUUAUUUUUCAGAAAUGAAACAAACUUUACAGUUACCAAACACUGUAAAAAUCAAAAUCCAGUUCGGUGCCUUUCUGUGAAUUGUUUGUGAGCUAACAUCACGUUCAGCGACUCCUCUAUGUAUAAAUUCUGGUCUGUGGCUUAAUUACUUGACUUUCCUUCUUGUGUGGCACUGCUUGAAAAGCAGUGUGCUGACCUUGCUUUUUGUUUCUGCAGAUUUUUAAAAGAGGUACUGGAAGGCAUUCUCUGUACAGCUGAGAAACUGGUAGAAAGCUGAAUGAGAGUGACUAUCCUGUGCUGAUUUUCCUCUUCUAAAGGGAGAGUAUUGCCAACCAAUAGUUGCCUGCGUUUUUCUUUAAAUUAGGUGAACAAAGUAGGAAUCAAAUGUCAGACUUCGACUUUUAAUGUCAGCAACUUUCUAGGAAACAUCUGUAAUUUGGAAAAUGGCAAGUUAUGCUGCAGUGCAGAGGUGGUGUCCUUUACAUAUACACACACAUUUGUUUCAAAACUUGGAGCUCACAUUCGUGAGGAAAGAGCAUACCUUUCUCCUCUCAAGUUUUGAGGGAGACCUUUAGCAAAAUGUUACAAAUCUGAAGUUUUUCCCAUUUGCAGAAGGGAAAGAGCAUACUGGCAGGAGGAUUAGUAUGGCCUGAAGAAAUCCCUUGCAUUGUCUUGCCUGCCUUGCAACUGCCAGAGCUGCAGAACUUUACAUCAUUGCCCCUUUUCAGUAUUUUCACAAGUAGCACACAAGUGAUGUGAAGCUUUAAAUAAUAAAGUGACUUUUUAGCUGAUGUAAAAUGUUACGGUGCUGUGUGUUUACGAAGCUGGAGAUAAUGAGGAUUUUCACUCCAUUUUGUGUUUGUUUGCAGUGUUUCUGGAGAUGAAGAAACAUUUUGCAAUUGUCCAUAGUUUUUUAAAUGGGAGGGCGAGGUAUCUCAAGGAAAGAAUGAGCCUGUAUUCUGCCACCACUAACAUAUUUACUUGAAAAAUGUUGCUUGGGGUUAUGUCAGGACACAAAGCAAAUCCAGUUGUAUGAAAUUGAGAUGCUGCAUUGCACUAAUUCUUAGCUAUUGCCUAGGGAGACUGCAUUCAAGGUUCUCAAUGCUAUAGAUGAGCUAGAUGUUUUCCCUGCCACCUAGUGUUGCAAGUAAGUAUUAGAAGACUACUUUAUUAAGCAGAUCAUCUGCCUAUGAACAUUACAGUCAAUAGUGACUGUGUUUGGGGGGGGAGGAAGUACAAGUGAGAAUACGCAGUGGCAGUGGGGAUUUGGUUUGGCCUUUUUUAUCUUCAAGCAUCUGGAAUUUUGUGGCUGAUAGCCUAAGUGAUACAGAGUUGUGGCCAUAUAUUUUGUCUUAAGUAACCUUUAGGUUACUGUCCUGCAUUCCCUUACCAUCACUAGCAUGCUGGGCGCCUGCAGGUAACUCAUCACAUGUAUAUUGUUUGUGUUGUAUUGGGAUACUUUCCUCUAUUUCUCCAUUGAUUGCCCAGAGAGUCUAGGCAAUUGGAGGGCUAAUAGGAUAUCAAGAUGAUCCUUAAAGCAAUCCUGUCUAGGAUGUGGGAACUGACAGGUACCCAGCCAACAAAAGGGGAAAUGCUCUGUGUGCACUGCUGGGAAGAGCAGAAUCAAGACUUGCAUUGGGUCUGUCAGGGGUUUAGAUAAUUGUCUGCAGUGCUUAGCGUGUUCUCCAAACUUCUUGCUGGAGAAUGAAAGCAUAAAAGCAUGAAAUACAACUCAGAUUACUGAUGAAGUAUAUAAAAAGUUAAGCUUAAAUAAUUAGAUACCUUAAGUAAGGGCCUACUUGUUUCCUUUGUAUUAAAUAGGAGUUUGGAGUCAAUGAAUGCAGUAGAAUGUACAUACGCAUUAUCUUCUGCUUGAAUUUUUAAAGCAUUUCAUAAAAGUAGCAUACAGUGUGCAGGUAGCUAAUUUGUUAAUGCCAGGAAAGUAUUAAAGCUGCAGGACCAAGAUACAUUUUUCAGUGUUUAGGUUUAUGCCAGAUGAAUGAGUGGCUUUUGUUCUUAGUGCUUUUCUUGGUAGCUGUGUUACAUUUCUGAAAUGGAACAGAAAAACUAAUUUCAAAAGGACAACAAUCUGCCGCAGGUUUGAGAAGCCGCUUCAACUUUAUUACUAUUUGCUAUCAUUAAAGUCCUGUGAAAGCUUGAAGAGAUUUGUUAGGUAGAAAUAGCGCUGCCUGCCUUAACCUCAAUUGCCAUAACCUCGAUUGCAUCUGUUCAUUACUCUACAGGGUGUACUACUGCAGUGCCAGCAGGAGCCAGCUAGAUACCUGCAGGAGAGCAGAGGCAGGCAGCUGCCUGUCCCCUGAGGGAAGGAGGAAUAUUGGAACUUUGAUGGCAUUCGGCAACAUUUUGGCUGGCUUGUGUGGGGAGUGCAAGGUGUAUUUACCCUGAAGAAAUUAACCCUCACUGCUUCUCUGUAAAAUGCAGCACUGGAAAAAGUGGAGGGGCUCAAAACAGAGCACUUCCCUCCUGCAGCUCAUAGGCUUUUUCACACGUUUCUUGUUUUGUAGUUAUAUAGGAAAAGAUGUACUGAUGGUUUUUCAAACUGCAGCCUGUCAUUCACAGCCACAGCAAUUGCAGUGGGAGCUGCUGCCUUCUAUAGGUACAGAAGAAGCCUUCAGAGCUCAUUUUAUUUCAAAAUUCUUGAUAUGCAAUGCAGUGACAUAAGAAAGCUUUUGGCAGAGCUUCAGGAAUGAUGCUUAUAGUCUGAAAUGUUUUUUAAAGCUUUCUUCUUUGAGAUCAACUGACAAGGCAAACUGUUAAAAAUGAAGGAAUUGCUUUAUCAGUCUUAAAUCUUUGCUUCUUGCUACUUUAUGUCCUUGUGCUGCCAGCGACAUCCCCAGUAUAGGGGUGCUUUGGUGAGUACUAUGUAUGACUAAGUUAUAAACUUGCAGUUUUAAGUACAUAUUGAACAAACUGCUACAAUAGUUUAUUGUUGUAACAUUUAGAAGGAAAAUGAUCAAAGCGUGUUUCCCAAGUACUUUGGUGUAAAAAUAAGUGGGAUAGGUCAGCCUUUAAAUUGUCUUUGUCAUAUGUGCUCCCCACUUUGCAUUGUUUCUCUUGUUGGAUACAAGGUUGUCUGUCCCUUCAUCAAGAAAUCCCCAUUUCAGAUGACAGGUGAGUAUCAGCAGGAUGGGGAGAGCUUUUUGCUUUGGGGCAUUCCAGGAAAAGAAGCGAAGCUAGGGCAGUGUGGUGAGAGAGAGAAGUAUGCACAGAAGUGUGGGAAAUGCAAAAGAUUGUUUCCUAGAUCCUUUGGCUUCUGCUCUCUUGGAGGAGAGAACACUGGCAGCCACUGGUGUACAUACUGCAAAUAAUACGUCUGGUUCCCGAUACGACUUCUAAUUGAAGUCACUGCUUCAGCCAGUUGAUAUAUAGAUAUUUACUCUCACAACAAAGCUUAAAUUCACACUUCCAAGGUCCAUUCAGGAAUAUUCAGAGUGAGUAUGUUGAGUUUGCUUCUUAAAAAUACAUCAUAGAAUAGAAUUGUAGAAUGGUUUGGAUUGGAAGAUCAUCCAGUUCCAACUCCCCUGCCAUGGGCAGGGACAUCUCCCACCAGACCAGACUGCCCAAGGCCCCAUCUAACUUGACCUUGAACGCCUCCAGUGUUGGGGCAUCCACAACUUCCCUGGGCAACCUGUUCCAGUGCCUCACCACCUUCAUCAUGAAGAAUUUCUUAUGUCAUGUCUAAGUCUUCUCCCCUCCAAUUUAAAGCCAUUCGCCCUCGUCCUAUCCCUACAUGCUCUUGUAAAAAGUCAGACUCAUCGGGGAGCUUUGGCAAAUAAAAAAAACAAAACCAAAAAAAACCAAAAGCCAACCCCAGUACCUCAAACCCCUUCCUCUGUCUUCAACACUGAAUUGUUUUUGGUAACAGGAAACAAAACCAACCCCGCUUAUAUUUGUAUAAUCCUGGAUAAUUUUAGCCUCUCUUGAAAGUUAAUGCUUGCAUUCUGUGCCCUAGUUUUCUCCUGGUAUAUAGGAAAAACAAUUCUCUGACAGAAUAGGGAUCUUUCUUUAGCUAUCUUGCUUCCAUUUUCAUGCUUGUGCUUCAUUAUGUCAACAGUUUCACACAAGAAAUAUAAGUGAAAAGCUCAGCAGGGAGCUGUGUAUCUCCAUAUACAAAGACAAGGACCUUUGUUAUCAGCUUUCCCAGCCUGGAGGGGAUUCAGAUGGAGCCUCCUACUGCAUCAUAUUUCCAAGAGGUGCUGUUCCAAAAGCAGGCUGGUUUAGCUGGGGGUUGCACCAGGUCAGGAGCUGUGUGAUAUUUCUGUUCUCUUGAAUGAUGUAAAAAAGGAGCUUGGUUUAGCUGAGAAACGUGCCAUGAUGCUAGAGGAUAGUUUGAAAUGUAUCAAGUAAUUAAUUUUGUGCAAGGUUUUUGAAGGCCGUGUUCCUGAUGCAGGGCUGGAGUUGGCCCACAGAGACAUUAAUUAUUAUUAUUAUCACUUAACUGCUUUGUAUCUCCAUUAGAUAAACAAUGAACAAAAACACUUUUAAAAUAUUAGGACUGCAGAAAUCUAGCGAGGCCAACUCUUUAGAGCUUCCCAAAUCCUACUUGUGUUUUCCUCUGAAAAAUUAGAGACUGAUGCUAACUACAAGUAAGAGCUGCUCCUCAUGUUAGUACAACGCUUCUAACUUCUAGUUUGUGCCAUGACCUGCUUAAGGAGAUUAAAUGUUGCAGGGUAAUUGAUUUGUUCAUCUGGGAGUCAGACCGAAAGCAUUAAAUCAAUCCCAUCCUCUUACAUUUCAUUGCCAUUGAAAUUUCUUUAAAGCAGUUGAUGUUUCCUCUUCUGCCUCUUUUCCUGAAUAGGUAACUAGGUAAUACCUGUUUCUUUUGUGUGCCUUGCCUGCUGUCUCUCCGGGAGUAAGUAGCACUGUUUAGCUCCAGUCUCUCUAAUCCACUGGAAUAUGUCUUUAGAGAACAGGUUUUCAUUCCAUAAAUGCAAUGCAAAAUGUUUUUCGUGACCCUGUGCCCAUUUCUGGGUACAGAAUCUGUAAAGAUCAACUUCUUUAUUUCUAUUUGUCUUAAAGAUGAGUCUUGGUGCAAGGCUGUAUGUGCUUGGUGCUUUGUGCAGUUUGGUGCAGGAACAGGCACUGCUCACGUCCACCUCCGCCUGUGGCUGAGCUGCUGGUGUUUGAGCUCUUCGCAUUUGAGCUCUUCGCGCUGCUGUGGCUGAGGGAUUUGUGCACUCUGAAGAGGUGGGAGUGCCUCUCACUGCACAUGCGCACCCGAAGAGUUGAAGCAGCAGUUAUUCUGGCAAGGGUCCUUUGAACUGGAAGUGGUCCUUGAAACCCCCAGCCCCAAUUCAAGAACUUUCCCAAGGGAAUUUAUGUGCAUGCCCCAGUUCAAGAACUUUCCACAUGGCGAUACAGCCUGGCACCAUGGUACCCCUCUUCAUAUGCUAUUGGAGCUCCUUUAUAUAUAAUCCAUGCCAAGAAUCACAUGUACACACCCCCUGACCUGUGGACCACGUUUCCUGAUGGAACCUCUGGUGGAUUCAUUGGGGUGGUGAUUAUAUUCAUGUUGUAUUCCCCUCUUCUGCUACACUACUUCUUUUUCUCUCUCUGUCCUUAUUAUCACCUUGAAUCUACCUCACUUUUUUUCUCUGCACUCUUGGGUGAAUUUGGUUGUAUCCACGUUCUUGUUGUAAACUGUUGUCAGUUUAUCUGAGCUCAAUGUAAAGAGUUGUAACUGACUGCGUUCAAAGUUCAGAUUGGAGAUUUCGGUAGGACUUUGAGCUCAAAAUAAAAGGUUGUUGCUGUAAAUUGUAACUUUGCAUUCAAAGUAAAAAUUGGGAUUUUGAGUAGAUCCCUGAAAUACCUGCAUAGCAGGAGAUUAUUCAAAAGAAACCUAUACCCACCCCAAUACUGCCAGCCAGUCCCUUGGGGCUGAGCCUUAGCAGAGUCUACAGGGCUCUAGCUAACAGACUAAUUGUAGUUUAAAGAAAAUUAUGACCUGCUGGAUUUUACUUUUAGCAGUGCUGACCACAAUACUUAAAGGUUAGAGGGGCAAUGUUCCUUCCUUUUAACAGAAGGUAAGAAUUUACAUUUUCAUCCAGUGUUUCAGCUGUUAUCUGCCAUCACGUACUCAUUGUUAUUGCCACUGUUAUUAGUUGGGUUAAAACCUGGGUUUAAUAUGGUCACGUGGACAUUGUGAUCUAGACUUGCAAUCUGAAAGAAUUUGGUGCUCUGCCUUUGCAAAAUUAAUUCUGAGGCAAAGCUCGCAGGCAGUAGGUGCUCAUCUUAGAAUCAUAGAAUCAUGAGGGUUGUAAAAUACCCCUAUGAUCAUCAAAUCCAACUGUCAGCUUCAACACCACCCUGCCUACUAAACCAUGCCGCGAAGUGCCCUCUCUACAUGCCUUUUGACUCCACCACCAUCCCUGGGCAGCCUGUUCAAUGCUUGACCACUUUUGGUGAAGAAAUUUUUCCUAAUAUCCAGUCUCAAUCUCCCCUGGCACAACUUGAGGCCAUUUCCUCUUGUCCUAUCAUUUUUUACCUGGUAAAAAGAGGCCAACGCCCACCUCACCACAGCCUCCCUUGAGGUAACUGUAGAGGGCAAUAAGGUCUUUCCUCAGCCUCCUUUGCUCCAGACUAAACAACCUCAGUUCCCUCAGUGGCUCCUCUUAAGACUUGUGCUUCAGACCCUCUUCACCAGCUUCAUUGUCCUACUCUGAACACACUCCAGCACCUCAGUGUCCUUCUUGUACUGAGGGGCCCAAAACUGAACACAGUAUUCAAGGUGUGGCCUCGCUAGCACUGAGUACAGGGGAAUGAUCCCUUUCCCACUCCAGCUGGUCACACCCUUUCUGAUAUAAGCAGGGAUGCUGUUUACCUUCUCGGCCGCCUGGGCACACUGCUGGCUCGGAUGACAGAUGAACACAACCUCCAAUGGCAGCAUGUAUGGAGCAGCAAUGGCUCCUGUUCAUUUGGUACCAGAUCCUGUUACCUCUAACCUGGGCCAAGUCCAUCUCACAUGGCAUCCGUUUGAGACAGCCACGUUCAUGUAGUGCUGGUGGUGUGUGAAGACAGGCUGGUGAGGUGCUCUAGGACACCAAUUAACGUGCUCUGCCAGACUGCUGUUGGCUUUGACCCUUCAAAUCUUGCUUUGUGAGCACGCAGCUACAGGAGGGCAACACAGGGACGUGUUGGUGCCUCUGGACAGAGUGGAGCAGCAUCAGCCAGACUUAUGCUGUCACAGUGCUGCUUGGGGGUAAAGCUAAGGGCAGGAUUGCAAAAAACACCAGAGUCCUUGCAGUAGGGAGAAAUGGCAGAGAAAACAGGCAGGGGAAUAGCUCUCCAUGCCAUCCAGUUUCUCUUGGCCGAUAUCCACAGCCAAUAUAAAAAAGUUUAAGAUAUCCUGGGUAAUUUAUUGUUGGCAUUUCUCUAUUAAGAUAUGUACAUAAAGAAUAAGGUGCGACCAGCAUGAAACGUACAGUGCAGCUUGAGCUUUGUUAUUUUUCCCAUCUCCUAUUAACUACUCUUUUCCAGUUGUACAUAGUGGACAAGGCCAUUUAGGUAAAUGUGGGCUUUUUUAUGACAGAUACUCAGUUGUGGACAUGGUUGAAAAUAUGUAUUGCAUAUCCUUUUGGAAGUACAGGAGCCCAAAAGACUUCUUUGUUUAUUUUAGUUUGAUGUAUUUUUAUCAGAGGUCCUGUCCCACCUGUAGCUGUCUACCACUUCCAUGAAUGAGGAAAAUGAUUUAAUCGUUGAUGGUUUAUUUUGGAGUCAGGACUCCUUAAACUUACAUCCAAAAAAAAAAAAUCUACCUUGCCCAAAUUUUCAGUCUCUUGAAAAGUGGAAUAGUGGAAAACGCUGCAGCAAAAGUAUCUGUAGCCUAGGAAGGACACACCACUACUCACAGCCCCCAGUGUAUGAUGUGUAUGGGGGGUGAAAAAAGGUUGCUGACAGAUGCAGAACUUUUUAAGCAUACUCAGCAGACCUGUUGCUGUGGUAACUUAGCAGAAGACUAAACUCCUCUGAACCAGUGCUAUUUGCACUGCACCAGAUGGCUGAUAAAUCACGUAGUGGCAUUUUCUGCCCAUUGUAUUACUGUCUGAUCUAUCCUCUAAGUACUGGGAUUUUAUUUAGCACAUAGAUUAUUCAGACAUGACACAUAAAUAUCAAAUACAGAGCUGCUUCAGGUUUGCAGUCACUUUAAUGAACUCCUGUAUCACCUGCGUAACACCAGAACUAUUUUUGUCUUAUGUGUUGAUGUUCAAGCUGUUGCAAUUUUAUGAAUAAUGCUAAGCUGAGAAAAACUCUGCUCGAAUUUUAAUAUAAUCUUAAUAAGAGUAACUACAUAGCACAUAGUUACUACAGCACGCUUCUUGCAGAGGGAAAUGAGACAGCUUUUCCAGUCCAUCCGUCUGCUUCAAGCAUUUCUGUACAGGCAGCAUCAUAACAAUGGAAGCAUAUAUGAAGGCUGAGCAGGAUCGUUGUGUAAGAAAGUAAUGCUGUUGUCUCUGUAUUUUCUGCUUCUUUGUUGUCAUUAUUGGCUUGUCUUCUCAGGAUGACAGAUUUCAUUCUUCCACCUGCCUUGACUAUUUGUUGUUAUGAAGCUUAAGGCACUGUCAGGUGUUCUAGUCUCAUUGUUAUAGGUGCAGUUCUUAACACAUUAAAAAUCUCCAGGCUCACAGACUUUAUAAGCCAAUAGUAAUAAAUGUGUCCUGUGAUAUCGUCUAGAGUUAGGAAAAUAAGUAUGCUGUCACAAAUUACUGCAUAUUAGAACAAGGAGAAUUACAAAAUGUAUGAAAACAAAUCAAAGAUUGAUGUUUUUUUUGAUAAAUCAUUACUCCAGAAGAAGGCAACCUUUUUGAAUGGGCAAAGGAGCGUCUCAGCUGUGUGGUUCAGCGCUGUAUCUGAUAGAUUUCUAGACACCGAGGGUAACUGCAGCAUGCCCAGGGUCCUUGUAGCCUGCUGUCUUCUGUCCCUGUGACACAAGCGAAGCAGUUGAGUUCUGUUAUGUCACUUGAGUCAAAGCCUGGCAUCUAAACCUGCCACUGUAUCUACAAAGACAUCUUAUAUACAGCUGCAGCCAUUUCCAUAGGAUAAUCUUCAGUGGUAUAUCUUGAUAAAUGGGCUGCAGCCAGGAUUUCUCCUACCUUUUCCGUGUUGAACAUUCACUGAGCCACACAGGUGAUGUUUUUAUUUCACGUCAGAAUAUUGCACAUGCCACCCUCUUUCUUUGUUAUGGGUGAAUCCACCUUUAGUGUGGUAGAAGUUCUCUGAACUCUCUGCUCCAGUCUCUUGAUAACAUAAAAAAUCCAAAAUACCCAAGUACCACUGAAACUUUUUGUUCUUUAGAUUCGUUCUAUGACAUCAGUUAAAUUUAUUGGCCUAUAGUGUAACUAUUACCUUGUGGUCAUAGAAACAGUAAGGUUGGAAAAGACAUCUAAAAUCAUGGAGUCCAACUGUCCACCCAAUGCCCCCAUGCCUACUAAACCAUGUCAUCAAGUGCCACACUUACAUAUUUUUUAACACAUCCAGGGAAGGAGACUCCAUCACUUCCCUAGCAGCCUUUUCCGAUGCUUGACCACUCUUCCAGUAACGACAUUUUUCCUAAUAUCCAAUCUAAACCUACCCUGAUGCAACCUGAAGUCGUAUCCUCUCAUCCUAUCACUUGUUACUUGGGAGAAGAGACCAAUAUCCACCUCACUACAAAAUUCUUUCAUGCAACUGCAGACAGCAAUAGGGUCUCUCCUCAGCCUCCUCUUCUCUAGAUUAAACAGUCUCAGUUCCCUCAGCCGCCUCUUGCUCUCCAGACCCUUCACCAGCUUCGUUCCCUUCUUUGGAGUUGCUCCAGCAGUUCAUUGUCUUUCUUGUAAGUGAGGGACCCAAAACUGAACACACUAUUCAUGGUGCAGCUUCACCAGCACCAAGUAUAGGGGGAUGAUCACUUCCCUAGUCCUGCCUGCCACACAGUUUCUGAUAGAAGCCAGGAUGCUGCUGGCCUUCUAGGCCACCGGUGCACACUGCUGGCUCAUGUUCAGCCAUCUGUCAACCAGCAUCCCGAGGUCCUUCUCUGCUGAGCAGCUUUCAGCCACUCUUCCCCAAGCCUGUAGUGUUACAUGUGGUUGUUGGGGUCUCACAGGAUUUUUCAAUGUUACUAACUCUUCUGUAUGUAAGAAGGUUUUUUGUUCAUAUAACUCACUGUUAGAGGACUCAUUUGAGUGUAGUGGGAAGGCUUUAUGGCUAUAGGCUUAGAAUUCUGACUUAGCAGCGACCAGGUAUACUUGUUCUGUACAACCCCAGUUCAUCUGAUUUUUUAGGUAUUUCAAACCAGUGUUCCACCAGAGAGAACAAGGCUAAGACAGUGGCUUGAAAUAAAAAAAAAAAAAAACAAAAAAGGAAUACCAACAGAAGGGCUUUCUGCACAACUCUCACCAAAAUCUGUCAUACUAUAUUUUUUAAAUACAAUUUAAACACUUAGAUGUUCUUUCUUACUGUUUGCAUUAAGACCACUUCUCUCCUUCAAAACACUGUUUGCUGAGAAAAUUAGUUCCGUUAGUUGUAUGCCUUCAUGGCUGCUUUCUUGAACUUACAGAGCAAAGUAUUUUGGAAAUCAUGAAGCACAGACUAAUGCCGCAGUAUCUUGAGAAUUUGGGGUACUAGUUCUGCUGAGAAUAGGCUUUGAUCUCCAACCAAAGGGGUGUUUAAAGAAGAAUAAAAAUAAAAUGUAAAUUAAGCCAUAUUGCUGUGUUUGCCUUUUGGUCUCUUCCUUUCACAAAUGAACCUUUGUUACAUUUUUUUAAAUUCUCUUUUCUAAAAAUGUGUCUUUCUUGCUUUCCUCCUUUGAUGUUGUGUCCCACUGGAAACUCAUCUACAGGAGAGAAAACCAUUUUUAAUAGCCAUAAAUCCUGCUGUUAUGUUAUUAAACACAAAGAGCAAAUAAUAGAUAAACAUUG